AUGGGAAUGGGAAUGGGAAUGGAAUGGGAAUGGGAAUGGGAAUGGGAAUGGGAAUGGGAAUGGGAAUGGGAAUGGGAAUGGGAAUGGGAAUGGGAAUGGGAAUGGGAAUGGGAAUGGGAAUGGGAAUGGGAAUGGGAAUGGGAAUGGGAAUGGGAAUGGGAAUGGGAAUGGGAAUGGGAAUGGGAAUGGGAAUGGGAAUGGGAAUGGGAAUGGGAAUGGGAAUGGGAGUGGGAGUGGGAGUGGGAGUGGGAGUGGGAGUGGGAGUGGGAGUGGGAGUGGGAGUGGGAGUGGGAGUGGGAGUGGGAGUGGGAGUGGGAGUGGGAGUGGGAGUGGGAGUGGGAGUGGGAGUGGGAGUGGGAGUGGGAGUGGGAGUGGGAGUGGGAGUGGGAGUGGGAGUGGGAGUGGGAGUGGGAGUGGGAGUGGGAGUGGGAGUGGGAGUGGGAGUGGGAGUGGGAGUGGGAGUGGGAGUGGGAGUGGGAGUGGGAGUGGGAGUGGGAGUGGGAGUGGGAGUGGGAAUGGGAAUGGGAAUGGGAAUGGGAAUGGGAAUGGGAAUGGGAAUGGGAAUGGGAAUGGGAAUGGGAAUGGGAAUGGGAAUGGGAAUGGGAAUGGGAAUGGGAAUGGGAAUGGGAAUGGGAAUAG